AUGGCAAAUCUUCCGUGUUCUGGUACUUUAAAAGUUGGCCCUUUAAUAGCAGAAAUUAUAAAAACAGAUUUUACAGCUGAAAGUGAUUGCUUUUGCAAAAUUAUCCUUGGAAAUCACUUUUACCGCACAGGAAUCUGUAAAGGCUGUGGCAGAAAACCUAAAUGAGAUGAUAAAUUUGAAAUCUUUAUAAGUGAAAAAGAUUAAGAUUAAGAUUAAGAUUACGCUGGGUAUUUAAGGUCCCUACUACGUCCGAGGUCGCAUGCCACGGUUUCCCGUGUGGUGGCAGAGCGUUCACCAAGCCCGGGCCGAAACCCCCGGUUUCUCGGUAGAGGUAUUGUCAAGGGCCGUCUCAUACCGGCUUUGCUGACCACCUCCAUUUCCAACUUGGAUCGUCGCCUAAGUUUACGCGCCAACUCCGCUUCGUCGCCCGUCAGAUCUGCCCAUUGAAGGGCACCUUUUCAACUGGAGAGACCCCCGUUUUGGUGUCUAACUCGCCUCCCCUCUUUUCCGGUCAUCCCGAUAAAGAACUCAACAGCUUUCGCCAUUCGGGGCGAGCCACUAAAGCAGCUUAGGCAGGCAAAUUCACCCUGCCUCAUUUCGGGCACUCACUGGGCUGAGCGCUGCUGGCAAAAAGGAGUCACGAAUAACUGCCCAUGGGUCUGGUCGCAAAAACUGCGGCUCUCGCGCUUAGGCCUCUCGCUUCGAGGUCCCAGACGUUGUUGGCUAAUUCCUGGCUCCAAAAACCAUGCCCGGAUAUACAUGGGUAACCACCACUGAGAGGGUGGGUCGGUCGCCAUACGCCAUUUUAUGUAUUAAGUGAAAAAGAUAAAUCAAUGUUAAUUGAGCUAUGGGAGCAUUCCCUUGAAUUCUCUGAAGAAAUUAUCGGCAAGGUAAAUAUAGCUCAUGCACCGAUAUGGAUUGCCAUCAUUGAAAAUGUAACCGUUCUAUUGGACUUCAUAUAUUGAACUUCUUAGAGUAAAGACUUUAUUUAGAGAAAUAUUCAGAUUAUAAAUAUAAUAUCACAAGUUUUUAAAUUAAUUUAAUAUAGUUUUAUAUGAGCUGCUUUUAAAUAAUUUUAAUAAUAGUACAAGGCUCAGUAAAUAAAUUCAAGGCGUUAAGAAGAUGCAUUUUAGGUUUAAAAGGAGAGAAAUAUGUUUGAAAAAUUAGAAAAAUUACAUAUAAGGAAAGACAAGGUGUAAUCUAACAUUAAACAUUAGAGACUCAAUAACUAGUAUAACAAGCCAAGCAGGAAUUCGCCCCUGUAAACGCUGUACAGGUGGCGCAUUCUUUCUACAUCUUCAAUGAUAACGAUCUAUGCCGGUGCAUGAGUUAUAUCUACUUAUCAGAGCUUCAUAUAUUGAACCAAAGCAUUGAAAAUUGGUUUGAUAUUAAGAUAGAAACAAAUAUUUUUGGAAGAAUUCAAAUAAAAAUUGAGCUUGAAGAAGGAGAAAAACAGAAAAACCAAACUGAACCUCAAAAAGAGAUACAAACUGCAUGAAAUUUGUAA